AUGGAGAGAACUAAGUUGGAAGAUGCGUUAAAUCUCUGUGAGGCCAAGAGAGUGAAUCUCGGUAAAGCUUUUGACAAGCUUCGCUCUCAAGCUUCUGAGCUACUUGUCUUGACUGAUCAGUGGAGCAACUUGGAGGAUGAUUUGAAGUCAGUGCAAGGUCAAGUGGAGAAGAGGUUCAUGGAGUUGGAGUCAAGAGAGGCGGAGUUGCGAAACAGAAGCUGUGCAAUUGAUACAAUUGGUGAUUUAGAGGUGAAAGCUGAUGGGCUGAGGAGGGAGAUCAAAGACAAAGAAGAGGUUCUUAAGAUGUUGGUGGAAGAGUGUGCGGUCAAGCAAAGGUCAAAGGAAAGUCAACUUGAUGAGAUGAUGGAAUCUAUGAAGAAGACUCAGGCUGAGCUAGCACAGAUGGAGACUGAACUCGAGAGGUGUCGUGGUGAGGUCACUGUAGAGAUGAGGCAUUUGAGUAGGGCUCAAACUCUCAGGAGAGAGUUGGAUGAGGAGAACGAGAGAAAGACAAGAGAUCUCACAUUGGUUCAGGAGAAAGUUGUGGAGUGUGGUAAGGUGCUUAAGACAAGGUCACUGGAACUAACAAAGACUCAGGGUGAGCUUGGUUUGAAGGCGAAAAAGUUAGGACAUGUGAAGAUUGAGUUUACCACUAAGAUGAAGCAUCUUGAGAGGAUUCAAAGACGCAAAAAAGAACUGGAAGAGGGUAUAGAGAGGAAGAGGAAGGAUCUUGCAGCGGUUCUUGAUAAAACUGCAGAAUGUGGGAAGCAGCUCGAGGCACGGUCCUUGAAACUUGUUUCUAAAGAGAAAAAGUUGCAAGAACUAUGCCUGGACAUUGACCUGAAGGAAGAUAUAGCCCUAACACUAGACAAGGAGAUGGAGAUGACUUGUCAAAAGACAGAAUCAAAAUCUAAGGAGCUGGAGAACAUUGAAAGGAUGAUUCAUGAACAGAAUGGACACUAUGAAUCAAUAAAGCUGUUGAUUCAGGAACACACUGAAGAACUGGAUUCCAAAGAGAAGAGACACAAAGAGAUCACAGAGGCUAUUCAUAAACUAUCUUGCAAGCAACUUUCUGAAGAGGAAAAAUACAUUGCUCAGAAUGAGUCAACAGAAAAGGAGUUAAAGUCUUUGAAAGCAAUACUCACUGAGAGAGAGAAACAAAUUGAAGAAGGUGAGAAGGAAUUACAGUACUUGAGUUACUCCAAUGAUGAACUUAUCAGAAAACUCAAUGGGAGACAAGAACAGUUUCUUUCAAGACAGAGCUCAACAACUGAUCUUAUAGCUGAGCAAGAUUCAAUUAAAAAGAAGCUUAGGUCUGUGAAAGAUUCAUUCAGACAGUGUAGCCAAAACCUGUGUAACAAAGAGAAGGAGUUGAAGUCUUUAGAGUCAAUACUCACUGAGAGAAACAAACAAGUUGAGGAAGUAGAGAAGAAGAUACAAGAUUUGAAUAACUCAAAUGAGGAACUUGUGAGACAAGCCAAGGUGAAACAAGAACAAGUUUGUUCAGUCGAAAAGGCGAUAAGGGAAUGCACAGAUAAGUUGGGAGAUAAGAAGAAAUAUUGUGAACAGGUUCAAAGAUCAAUUACUGACCUAAAUGUUGAGCUGAAAUCAAAAGAGUGCCAUCUUAGUUCUGUCAAGAAAAAGUUUCAAGAAAGCUUGAAAGACUUGCAAUCAAUAAAGGAGCAGAAGGUCAAGCUAAAAGCAUCAUUGAUGGAACAUGAGCAAGGACUUAAACUGAAACAAAAGGAGCUUGAUGAAAAAGAUCAGAAACUAAAAGUCACAGAACAGGAGUUGCAGAAAUGGGCUAAGGAUUAUGAGGUGAAAGCAAAGCAGUUGUCUAACCUUUGUCAAGAAAGAAACAUGGAUCAACAUGUUUCUCUUACACCUAGGGAUGUCCACAAACCAACAGGAAACUCAAGGAAACGUGGGAGAUAUGAUGAGUCACUAUCUCAGUCCUUAGAUGUAGAGACUCAUGGGAAAGAAAACACUUACAACUUUGAGAACCAGAGAUCUCAGGACAAGUUCAAGAUUGAUCAAAUAUGGGCUGUUUAUAGCAAAGGGAUGCCAAGAAAGUAUGCUCAGAUCAAGAGAAUCGACACAAGCCCUGAGUUCAAGCUACAUGUAGCACCUUUAGAGCUGUAUCGCCCUCCCAACCUCAUGACACAUCCAGUUUCCUGUGGCCGCUUCAAGUUGAAAACUGGUAUAGCAGAAGUCCUUGCACCUAGCAGCUUCUCACAUAAGGUUAAAGCAGUGAAGAGUAAUGUUAACAGAUUUGAAGUAUACCCAAGAAAAGGUGAGAUAUGGGCUUUGUACAAAAACUGGAAUAUUACAAACUGUGCUGAUAGGUCUGAAGAGGAAGAUCUUGAGAUUGUGGAAGUGGUGGAAACUAAAGAGCAUAGCAUACAUGCAAUGCUUUUGACUGCUAAAGUGUUUAGCAAGGUUCUAUAUGGAAGGUGUCUUGAGUCAAAGGAUGGUUUAGUAGAGAUCCCAAAGAAGGAAGUGAACAGAUUCUCGCAUCAGAUUCCAGCGGUCAGACGUGAGAGGAGUGCAACUCGGCUUGGAGAUUGCGAAUGGUGGGAGGUUGACUCUAAAGCAGUUCUUAAUCCUAACCCAAAGAAGCAUAAGAGCAUCACUAGAGGUACAAGCUCUUCCCCAAGUCUCUCAAGUAUUUAA